AUGCCGCUGCGCGAGUGGCAGCUCUAUAUUCCUCACAAUUUCCUGAUGCAGCCACUUGGCAUCUUUCUCCUCUACUCCCUGACCCUUCUCUCCACGAUUUCGUUUCACAUCAGAAAACGGCCUCUCCGGCGGAGAGAAGAGGGGCAGAGACGAAAUGAGCAUCCAUCCACCGGCAACGGCAUCCGGAAAAAACGAGGAAAGUCAAUGGGCGAUCGACAGCGUGGCUUCAGUGACUCGACUUCGGCCUCUCUCCUGAGGAAGGUUGCUGCCAUGGGUCUGGCCAAAUGCCUCCAGGAAGACCUGACCUGCUCUGUCUGCAUGGAGUACUUCACCGAACCCGUGACCAUCAGCUGUGGGCACAGCUUCUGCCGGUUCUGUCUUCUCAGGUGCUCAGAUGCUAUUCAGAAGUCUUUCUCCUGCCCAGAGUGCCGUGGGGCUUGCCACCUGAAAGACCUGGAGACCGGUAAACGUCUGGGGAGGCUGGCAGUGAUCGGAAUGCAGCUCGGACCUCACCUACCUCGGGGCCCCGCUGAGGAGGAAGAGCUGUGUGAGAAACACCAGCAAUCUCUGAAGCUGUUUUGUCAGGAGGACGACACCGUAAUCUGUGUGCCCCGCUACCGUUCCAAGGAGCACGGGGAACACAGCGUGAGUCCGACUGGAGAGGCCGCGGAGGAUUACAGGGAGAGAUUCCAGGAGCUUCUUCAUCCCCUGUGGGCAGAAAUUGAAGAGGUUCAGACUGUGCUAGCUGCGGAAAAAAUGAACUCAGCGAUGGUGAAGGAGGAGGUGCAGAAAUGUAGGCAGAAUCUCGUGUCCGAGUUUCAGAAAAUGCACCUAUUCCUGGAUGAGGAGCUCGAGUUGCGGCUUCGGAUCCUGAAGAAGGACAAGGGGGAGAAUCUGCAAAAACCGAGGAAGGGCGAGGAGCAUCUAUUCCAGCGGAGCCAUGCUCUUCGGGCACUGAUCACAGAGCUGGAGGAGAAGUGCCAGAGUGGGAGCAUAGAGCUGCUACGGGUUAAAGUCCAGGAACCAGACAUGAGAAGUGUGUCAGAGCUGCAGCAAUGGCCAAAGGCCAACAGGUCCUUUGAGCUGACCACCUGCUGUGUGCCUGGGAUGAGAGAAAUACUCAGCAGAUAUGCAGUGGACAUGACCCUGGACCCAAACACAGCAGGUCCGCAUCUCGUCGUGUCACAGGAUCGGAGGAGUGUGACACUCGUGGAGGCCCCGCAGGAUGUGCCAGACCAUCAGGACAGAUUCGACAAUUGUGGCAGCGUCCUGGGCAUCCCGGUGUUCACUUCGGGGCGGCACUACUGGGAGGUGGAGGUGGGAGACCAGCCGGAGUGGGAGGUGGUGGUGUGUUACGAGUAG